UGAAGAAUGGCAUACUGCUAUUAAUAUAGCUGCAGGAAUUGAAAAUAUUAUUAAUGAAAUUAGUGAAAAUAAAAUUGUUGCAAUAAUUACAGAUAAUGCCAAUAUGAUGAAAGCACUAUAG